UACACCAUGUCACUGCACUGGGAAUUUUUUCUUCUUCUGGUGAGCUGCGUUCUCUUUGGCAUCGUCAACGCUGGAGGAUAUUGUGGAAUAAACAAAGCAUAUGCCUGUGUACCUUCGCAAUUUUGCACCGAUAGUCGCAGCACAACAAUAGCUGCCUACUAUAAUAAUCAGUGCUUUUCGUUCGAGACUUGCUGUGAUGUCAAUAAGAUAAUUUUUGGAAAACGUCUCAUUGAACCCCCCAAAAAUUCUGUUGGAAAAACAUCUACAACAAAUAGUCCGACGUUGAAUAACACAGUUGGUAAAACUCAUACAACAAUUGGUCAGACUCCGAACUUUACCCCUAGUACUAACAAUCAGACUCCCAAUAGUUCAGAUGGAAAAACGUUAUCACAAAAUCAUAAUAACUCUGGAAAAACUACAUUAUUUCAUAAUCAUGCUCAUACUCACAAUAUUGCGGGAAAAACUCUUACAGGAAACCCCACUACGACCAAUACGCAAAGUACGAAACAUCAACAUAACCAUAAUCAUAAUCAUCCAACUUUAACUGUAGAAUAUUAUUAAUAAAAACACUUUACACAA